AUGAGAACUCAGUCAUCUGAAAAAGUUGCCGCCGGGGCUUCGCCGCCGGCGAAGGCGAAGGGGAAGCGGACGCCGUGCUGCAGCAAGGUUGGGCUGAAGAGAGGGCCAUGGACGCCGGCGGAAGACAAGCUGUUGACUGAUUACAUCAACAAGGAAGGCGAGGGGCAGUGGUGGUCACUGAUAGCAGGGAGGAUAUCAGGCCGGACAGAUAACGAGAUAAAGAACUAUUGGAACACUCAUCUCACCAAGAAGCUGAUUAGCCAAGGCAUUGAUCCAAGAAACCACAAGCCUCUACUCGUAAACCCUACCAAUUCCAACCACCCCAAAAACCAUAACCCCUCCUCCUCCUCAGUUCCCAUAAUAAAACCCACACCCAUUCACGUUGGUCUUUCCAACCAAGACAAGACAGUGAAGAUCAAUAGCAGUACUACCGUUAACGUUGUUGGAGGGACGACAAAUCAUCAGAUUGAUCAGCCCAACAGCGUGGGAGGGACGACGAAUCAUCAGACUACUGGAAAUGGGGAUGAGGAGUUUAAUAUGGAUAUCGGAGACGAUAAUGAGGAUAAUGUUGGGAUGGAUUUUUGCCCGGACGAGGAUGCGUUUUCGACAAUCUUUGAUUCGUUGAUGAACGAGGAUGUGUUCUUCGCUGCUGCCCAAAACAACCAACAAUCUAAUCAUCACGACAUUACCCCCCUGCCCUCAACUUCUGAAAAUAAUAAUAAUAAUCAGCCUCUGAAUCCUUUCCAACACAUGAACUUCCCCUUCAGUACUGAAGAUGGGUUGAUGAUGAUGAUGAUUUUCUACCAUGAUUUGGAUCCUCACCUACCCCCUUGUUUUCAAUCGGCUAGCAUAUAA